AUGGCUGCGAGCACGCUGGACCAUCUGCUCGCGCACCACCUCGCUCAGAACGAUGCCGUACCAGCUGCGCUCGCCGACACCCUCGACACUCUCGUCUCGCAACGGGUUGUAGCGUGGUGCGAGGGCGAGGAGGGGCUGAAUGGACCGCUGCUGCACCGAUGGCAGAUGCGACUGACGUCCCUGGCGAGUGCAUCAAACGCCGUCGCCGUCCGAACCGCCGCUUUCCAGCUCCUCCACCACACCUUCACCUCGUCGACCACACUCUUCCUCUCCGCCGGCAAGACCGCCCUUUCUUCUUGCCAGUCCGUUCUUGCCUCGCCGCAGUCUGAUCCGACCUUGUUCGUCGCGGCGCUCGACCUCGCGAGGCUGAUCCUCGCCAAGAGCAACUGGCACCCGGAGUGGGCGAGGGAGAAUGUCGGCGCUCAGGCGGUCCAGAAGCUCGUCGGUGGACUGGUGCAGGCUGCAUCGGCGGAGACGAGUGAGGUCAUGCUUCCCUGCAUCACGACUAUUGUCUCGGUUAUUCCCCUCUACCCAACCGCUCUUCGUCCCCUCUCCGCCUCCUUCCACACACUCGCCAUCAGCUGCCUCUCCGACAGCUCUCGCUCUGCUGCCGUCGUCGACGCAGGCGCUCAGCUGUUCGUCUCGCUUUACCUUCUCGCGCCGAAGGGCAAGGAAGGCUUGCGCGAGGCGUGGAGGACGGGUAUCGAGGCGCUCAUCGGCAGCAUCGACCAGCUUGCAAGCCAUGUGACGCAGGGCAUCUUUGCUGAAGACGUGACCUACAACCAUCUUCUCUCGCCUCUCGCUCUCCCACCUCUCUCCGACGACAGUCCCGCUUCCGCCCUCGCGCGACUCGAAUCGCUCAACCGCGCCCUGCUCCUCGUCCUCCGCACCCCGACAACCGAGAAGGCCGGUCCCGUCCCCGUCCCCGUCGGCGCUCUCGUCGAACUUGGCGUCCGACUUGCCUCCUUCUCGACUGAGAGCCCGAUCAAGGAGCGCACCGACCCGACUAUCCUUACAGCGACCCUCGCCCUCACUCCCCGCCUCCAGAUCCAAGGCUGCCAGCUGCUCGCCCAAAUCGCCCUUUCCGUCAGCUCGCAACUCUCGACCCACGCGUCGGUCAUCCUGUCGACCCUGGCGAAGACGCUGUCGAGUUACUCUGUCAGGUCGCCCAUGCGCCCGGCGGUGUCGACUACCUACGCGGUCGUCUUGCAGGCGCUCGGCGCGUCUGUUGACCCGGAGGAAGGCAAGAAGAGUCUCGCGAGGGUGUGGAGGACGGUCCUAGAGGACAUUGGAGCAGUCGCUACAGAGCCGGUUGUUGUCGCGCACAGUAAGGAGGAUGGGAAGAACGGAGGAAGCAGGAAGGCGAAGCGGCAGAAGACGUACGACCCGAGCGAGUCGAUGGCGCAGCGGAGGGUGGCGAUCGAGGAUGUCGACCUCGAGAUUGCGGAGCGUGGGCUGGCCACUCUCGAACGCCUCCUCCGCUGCCCGCAUGCCCCCUUCCUACCUCCCGCACUGCAGCUCGCGACUUCGCGCCUGCUUCUCUACCUCUCGCUCUCGCCAUCCUUCUUCCUCACCCACCCUCUCGCGUCCACCUCGUCCUCCUUCUUCCCCGCCACGACCACAACCCAGCCUCUCGACAUUAUCAAGCAAUCGCCAUCGUUCCGUCGCGCUGUCGUUCGCGCUCUGAGCGCGCUUACCGAAUCGGGACUCGGCGGAGUCGGGCUCGAGGAGAAGGUCGUCGAGGUUUGGCGCCGAGGUACGCUCGAUGCGGACGAGGAAGUCAAGGCCGUCUCCAUCGCGUCGCUCGUGCGGUUCGGCGGACUCGUGCAUCCGCUUCUGCCGCCUCAGCAACCGAACGCCGACUUGACGCGCGUUCGGCAUGAUCAGCGCGGCGGGUUCGUCGGUGACGAGGUGGAUUUUGCGAAGACUGCCGAGGACUUCAGCAUGAAGGUGCAGGAGCCGAGGGAGCACGGCGAAGAGGAAGAUGAGGACGAGGAGAUGCCGGCGAAGGAGACGGCGGAGCAGGAAGAGCGAAGGAGGAAGUCGGCUGCUGUUGCGGCAUCUCUCGCUACGGCUCCUCAGGCCGCCACUUUCUCGUCGACGGCGUUCUCGGCGCCUUCCUUCUCGACUGCGCCAGCAGCGUCGACAUCAUCCGCACCUCAAAGCGGAUUCUCCGCCUUUGCCGCGCCUACCUUCGGCUCGUCCACCACCUCGGCACCCGCUCCUUCGUUAGCCGAUGCACCGGCACCCUCGGCGAACGGGGUCGGCACCGCCGCCUCUUCCGAAGCCGCUCUUUCGAGUUCGACCUCCGUCCCAGUUCAGACAAUCGAGAUGGAGUCGGUCCGGGUUGAGCGCAGCGAGGUGGUGGUCGAACAACCCACAAAGGCGUCAGCGGAAGGAGAUGAGAGCGAGGACGAUGAGAUGCCGGCGAUAGAUCUGGGCAGCGAUGAGGAGUAG